AUGACCAGCUGCCUCUUUGAACAAACUUUAAUUCGACCCCUAAAUUUACUUGCGGUCAAGACGGAGCCGCAAGGUCUCUUGCCUCAACCUGUCACAACUCCCAAGUCCCCAAUGGCGCCGAGCAAAAAGGAGGCAGCGCACGAGUGCGUCUCUGAAGAAGCCCUGGUCCAUUUGAAGUCCUACAAGUAUUCAAGUGUCGACAAGUCCCUGAUCUCGAAUUAUAUCCUCAAGCAUUAUUGGAAUGCUUUCGUGGAGCUUUUACCGUUAUGGCUUGCACCGAACAUGGUCACAUUGCUGGGAUUCUUCUUCAUCCUCUCCAAUGUGAUCUGCCUUGUGAUAUGGAUGCCGGAUUUGGUGGGACCUGGUCCGUCAUGGCUGUACUAUAGCUUCGCUUUUGGUCUGUGGAUGUAUUCGACAAUGGACAAUGUGGAUGGGAAGCAAGCACGAAGGACUGGAACAUCUAGUGGUCUUGGAGAACUUUUCGACCACGGCAUCGAUUCACUCAAUUGCACUCUGGCCAGCUUAUGCGAGACUGCUGCAAUGGGCCUUGGGACUUCGAAAGCCGGAAUAUUCACAGCGCUCAUACCAUGUCUGCCUAUGUUCUUCUCUACCUGGGAGACAUACCACACUCACACCUUGUAUCUGGGUGUUUUCAACGGACCUACUGAAGGUCUCAUUCUUGCUUGCACCCUUAUGAUUCUUUCAGGAUACUACGGUCCUGAAAUCUGGACCCAUCGAAUCACGGAUUUAGUCGGGCAUCACUACUUUUUUGGAUACCACGAAUUUUUUGGUACAUACUCCGUCCGAGAUCUUUGGGUCCCUAUCCUCGUUGUAUCUCUAUUUGGAGCCCAUGUUCCAUUUUGUGUUAUCAACGUCGUCAAGGCUCGCCGGAGAGACAACCUCCCAGUUAUGCCGGUCUUCUUGGAGUGGACACCGAUGGCUGUAUUCACUUUCUCUAUCGGCGCCUGGCUCUUCUCUCCAUACUCAACAUUGAUGCCGGACAACCAUUUGGUUCUGUUCUGCUUGACCAUGUCUUUUGUCUUCGGUAGAAUGACUACCAAGAUCAUUCUGGCGCAUCUUACGAGGCAGCCAUUCCCAUAUUGGACUGUUAUGCUCACUCCACUGGUCGGCGGGGCCGUUCUGGGAAACCUUCCACGAAUUGGCCUGCCCCAAGUCAGUGCCUCGGUUGAGCUCUGGUACCUACGAGGGUACUUUGUCUUUGCAUUGAUCGUCUACUUCCGCUGGGCCUUUUUGGUCAUUAACAGCAUUUGCGAUUACCUGGGCAUUAACUGCUUGACAAUUCCAACAAACAAGUUGGUUGCCAACCAGGAGAAAGCCAAGGCUGCGAACGGAAAUGCCAAGUCAAUAAACGGGCAUGGCAAAAGAGCAGACUAG